UGUGUGUUUUGUGUGCGUGUGUGUGUCGGCUAGAAAGUCAGCCUGGUUUCCAGCUGAGUGCUUGCUCUCUCUCACACAGUGUGUGUGUGUUGUCAUUAUUAUCCACUCUGCUCCCAGCUCAGAAUGGCCAGAUUCACUCAGACUGAAACAAGAAGGCAGCAGCAGCAGCAUCCUCCUCAGCAGCAUCCUCCUCCUCAGCAGCAGCAUCCUGCUCCUCCACACUAUUCCAGCCUCUUUCUCAGCGGACACAGUCAAGCUUCACUGCUCCUGAUCCCGCACCAGCAGCACCAGUACCCGCCGAUCACGUUGCCCAAACCCAUGAACGGCUCGGAACCCAUUUCACUUCAUCCGGAGAGCGGCGCCAUGAAGGACCAGGAUGCCAUUAAGCUGUUUAUCGGGCAGAUUCCGCGCAACUUGGAGGAGAAGGACCUGAAGCCUCUCUUUGAACAGUUUGGGAAGAUCCACGAACUGACGGUGCUCAAGGAUCGCUACACCGGUAUGCACAAAGGUUGCGCCUUCCUCACCUACUGCGCCCGAGAGUCUGCCAUUAAAGCCCAGAACGCCCUCCAUGAACAGAAAACACUCCCAGGGAUGACUCGCCCCAUUCAGGUGAAACCGGCCGACAGUGAGAGUCGUGGAGAAGACAGGAAGUUGUUUGUGGGAAUGCUAAACAAACAACAGACAGAGGAGGAUGUUUACCGCCUGUUCGAACCCUACGGAGUCAUCGAGGAGUGCACGGUCCUAAGAGGUCCAGAUGGCAACAGCAAAGGUUGCGCCUUUGUCAAGUUCUCCACACAUACCGAGGCUCAGUCUGCAAUCGGUGCCCUCCACGGAAGUCAGACAAUGCCAGUGAGUCCAGGCGCCUCGUCCAGCUUGGUGGUGAAGUUUGCAGACACAGACAAGGAGCGCACCAUCAGACGCAUGCAACAGAUGGUUGGCCAGUUUGGCAUCUUCAACCCAGCCAUCGCCCUUCCCUUCAGCACCUACAGCUCUUACGCACAUGCGCUCAUGCAGCAGCAGGCGGCCAUCAUGGCGGCGAGCCACGGCGGUUACCUCACGCCGAGUGUGGCCGCCUUCCCCGCCACGCAGAUCCACCAGAUGGGGGCGCUCAAUAUCAACAGCCUCCCGCCCACUCCCAUGACCCCGGUGUCGGGUGAGUUUCAUCAAGCCUUGGGCCUCAGUUCUCCGCCAGCCAACAUCACCACCUCCGCCGUGCCCAGCAUCGUCACACCCAUCGUCAACGGAUUCACCGGCAUCCCUCAUCAGCCAAACGGACACCCCGCCGUGGAGACGGUCUACACCAACGGCCUGCCACCGUACUCCACCCAGAGCCCCACGGCCGCCGACACCCUGCAGCAAGCCUUCACCGGAGUACAGCAAUACACAGCGAUUUACCCGGCCACCACGCUGACUCCCAUUGGCCAGACGCUGCCCCAGGCGCCACAGGUCAUCCAGCAGCAGCAGCAGCAGCAACAGAGAGAAGGUGAGGGUCCGGAGGGCUGUAACCUGUUCAUCUACCACCUGCCACAGGAGUUUGGAGACAAUGAACUCAUGCAGAUGUUUCUGCCCUUCGGCACCGUCAUCUCCUCCAAGGUCUUUAUGGACCGGGCGACCAACCAGAGCAAGUGUUUCGGCUUUGUGAGUUUUGACAACCCGGCCAGCGCGCAGGCAGCUAUCCAGGCCAUGAACGGCUUUCAGAUUGGCAUGAAGAGGUUGAAAGUCCAACUAAAGAGACCGAAGGAUGCCAGCCGCCCUUACUGACACAGCCUACCUUUAGUAUUCAUCGCAGCAGCAGCAACAGCAGCAGCAGCACAGGUUCUAGAGGACACGUGACGAUACCACGGAGGGGCUUAUCUUUCUUUUUUUUUUUUUCUUGGAAAGCAACAUCUUUUUUUAAAAAAAAAAAUCAACACGUUAGGAUUUUUUUUUCUGUUUUUUUUUGGAAGACAUAUCAGCAUUUACUUAUGAAGACGUAAGUUGGAGCGAGACGUGGAGGUGCGUCGCCGGGGGACGCUAACAGAUGGCACAAUGUGAGGAAGGAAAAAACUGAUGAAAACAAAAAACACUGAACAACAGAACUUUUUUUCUUGUUGAGACUUGAAUCAUUAAUUAAGCAACAAACAAACAGGAAGAAGCAGCAACAAAUAGAUUUCUAUAUACAUGUUAUAUAAGCAU